UCAAAAUGGAUAAUUGCGGUGGUGGAAUGUUGUUUGAAAAAGAAAAUCUCAACAAAUCGUUUGGUAGUAAUGCUUCCAAAUAUAGUUUUGAAAAGUUUCGUUACAUGUGUAUUCUCUCUGGGUGUGAUUAUUUACCUUCUCUGCCUGGUAUUGGACUUGCUAAAGCAUUCAAGUUCUUUUCUUUAACUACCAAUACAGAUUUAACUGUUAUAUUAUCUAAAUUGCCCAGUUAUCUGAGGAUGCCCAAACUAUCAGUGUCUGAAGAUUAUAAAGACUCUUUCAUCAAAGCUGAUAACACAUUUUUGUACCAGUUAGUUUUCUGUCCUAGAAAAAAGUGUCUUGUUCCUCUUAAUCCGUAUCCAGAAGGAGUAAACCCUGAUGAUAUGGAAUAUGCUGGAAAAUAUCUUGACAAUGAUUUAGCUUACCAAUUGGCUAUGGGGGACAUCAAUGUCAAGACUUUCAAAAAGUACGAUUCAAAUGAUAUUCAGAACUGGUCCGACUCCCACACAAAUAAAAGUGGAUUAUGGAGUCCACUGAAUAAUUCAGCGAUUACCAAGACACCUAAGAAAGGAAUAGCUUUUAAAUUUAGUACCCCAAAGAGAAAGGCUGGAGAUGUUCACAAACAUAAAUCUUUUGAACAAGUGGAUACAAAUAAGAGUGACCUGCCUUCCUCGGAAGAGCUAUUUGAAAUGUAUGGUGGUAAUACUAAAAAAAGCAAAUCUCAUGAUCCAUAUGAAGAAGAACCCAUUUUUGUUUCCUCCGAAAAAAAGCCAUCAUUUGACGUUGAUUCAUUCAAAAAAUCACCUUCCUCCUCUGUCAAAAAAGUAGUUAAAAGCCGGUUCUUUUCACUUGGGUCUGUGCCAAGCAAUAGAGAAAGUUCUUCUGGUUACUUUUCUUCUCCUUCAUAUACCAAUAAUAGCAUCAAUGAAGAUUUUUUAUCUAAUUCAUUAGCAUCUGAUUCCUCAAUUCAUGCCCUGGCUUCACCAGCUGAACCAGAAAGAGAUGCAAAUCUAUUAGAUCAGUCUGCUCGAAGUAAUAAAGAAAAUUUAAUAAAUAGGUUUGCCAAAAAGAAACCUACUGAAGUUAGUCCAGUGCUGAGUGAGGAUAAAGAUAAGGAUAUUCCAAAAACACCUAACGAUAAAAAAGCAUCGGUAUUAGACAUUUUCAGCUCAGAAUCAACUAUAGCCACUUCCACCAUUUCAUCCAUGCAAAAAUCUGCCAAAAUAUUGUCCCAAACUGCAGAAGUAUCUGUAGUAAAACUAAAACCAAGGAACUUAUUCUGCAAAAAGAAUAAACUAAUCACCACUAAAAUAGAAGAUUACAAAUGGACGAAAGAAGAAAGCCCUCCAAAAGCAACUGAAGCUGAUAAAAGUUUUCAAGAANUUCUUAAAUUGUUAGUCGCGUUAUAA